AUGAGUUGCAGACAGUUCUCAUUGCCCUGCGGCGGCUGGAGCGGCGGGGGUCGCGGUGGAAGCUUUAGGUCGUCUGUCAGCCGCUUCAGCUCCUCGGGGGCUGGGGGAAGAGGGGGCCGGUUCAGCUCUACCAGCAGCUAUGGUGGGGGGAGCUCCGGGGCCUGUGGGAGGGGAGGUGGCGGCAGUUUUGUCUCCAGCUUUGGCCAAGGAUCUGCGGGUGGCGUUAGUGGUGGUAGUUUUGGUGGUAGCUUUGGUGGAGGCUUUGGGGGCUUUGGAGGUGGCUUUGGUGGUGGUGUUGGAGAUGGUGGCAUUCUGCCUGCGAAUGAGAAGGCCACCAUGCAGGAACUCAAUAGCCGGCUGGCCUCCUACAUGGAAAAUGUGCAGAGACUAGAGAAGGCCAACAGCGACCUGGAGAAUAAGAUCCGGGAGUGGUAUGACAGGCAGAGGCCCAGGACCGUCCAAAAGGAUUACUCUCGCUACUAUGACACUAUCGAGGAUCUCAAGAAGCAGAUUGUGUGCCUCACGGUGGGCAACAACAAGACUCUCCUGGAGAUUGACAACAGUCGCAUGACCCUGGAUGACUUCAGGAUGAAGUUUGAGAUGGAGCAGAACCUGAGACAAGCAGUGGAUGCUGACCUCAAUGGCCUGAGAAAGAUGCUGGAUGAUCUAACCAUGCAGAAGUCUGACCUGGAGAUGCAGUAUGAGUCUCUGCAGGAGGAGCUGAUAGCCCUCAGAAAGAAUCACGAGGAGGAGAUGAGCCAGCUGUCUGGGCAGAGCACUGGGGAUGUCAGUGUGGAGAUGAAUGCUGCUCCUGGCAGAGAUCUCACUAAGAUCCUCAACGACAUGCGCGAAGAGUAUGAGCAGCUCAGUGCUAAGAACCGAAGGGACAUCGAGCAGCAAUAUGAGAGUCAGAUGAGCCAGAUCGAGCAGGAGGUGAUGUGUUAUGGCCAGGAGGUGGAGUCCAACAACAAGGAGGUGACCAAGCUUCGGCACAGCGUCCAGGAGUUGGAGAUAGAGCUGCAGGCUCAGCUCAGCAUGAAAUCGGCCCUGGAGCAGUCCUUGGAAGAUACAGAGAAACGCUACAGUCUCCUGCUGCAGCAGGUCCAGGAGCAGAUCAGUAUGCUGGAGGUCCAGCUUGCUGAGAUCCGGGCAGAGACUGAGUGCCAGAAUCAGGAGUACAGCCUUCUGCUCAGCACCAAGAUGCGGCUGGAGAAGGAAAUUAAGACCUACUGCAGCCUCCUCGAGGGCGGCCAGGAGGACCUUGAAUCUCAUGGAACAGGACAAAUCAGCUUUGGAGGUGGCAGAGGAAGUGGAUCUCAGGGUGGAAGUGGAGGCACUUAUGGAAGAGCAAGUGGAGGCAGCUAUUGUGGAGGAAGUAGCUCUGGAGGGGGAAGUGGAGGCAGCUACGGAGGAGGAAGUGGAUCUGGAGGAGGAAGUAGUGGCAGCUGUGAAGAAGGAAGUGGAUCUGGAGGAGGAAGUGCAAGGCCAUCCCAGUCUCAGUCCUCUUCCUCAAAAUCUGGUGGCUGUGAGACACAAGGCUACCAGAUAAGAUACUAG